GGGACCCGGAACUGGGUGGGGGUCGUGUGGGGCAUCGGGGAGCUCCUCGCCGGGCUAGCGACGGCCCGAUGGAGUAGAAGGGGUCGGCUGAGAACGUGUGACAUUGAGUGCUUCAGAUCUGGUCACGAUGGUACGAGAACGAAAAUGCAUAUUGUGCAACAUUGCAUAUGGCUCAAAAAAGGAGAUGGACGAACACAUGCGGAGCAUGUUGCAUCACAGGGAACUUGAGAACCUGAAGGGCAGGGACAGUAGUCAUGAGUGCCGCGUGUGCGGGGUCACAGAAGUGGGUCUCUCUGCAUAUGCAAAGCACAUUUCUGGCCAGUUGCACAAAGAUAAGGUUGAUGCCCAGGAAAGAGAAGUUGAUGGGGAGGAAGAAGAAGAGGAAGAAGAUUAUUUUGACAAGGAACUUGUUCAGUUAAUAAAACAAAGAAAAGAGCAAAGUCGACAAGACAAACCUUCCAAUAGCAGCCAAGAAAAUGCAGAUGACAGGCAACCUCAGAGGAGACGAGAAGAUCGAGUCCCUUACCAAGACAGAGAGAGCUACAGUCAGCCAGCAAGGCACCAUCGUGGACCUCCACAACGAGAUUGGAAAUGGGAAAAAGAUGGUUUUAAUAAUACUAGAAAAAGUAACUUUUCACAUUCUUUAAGAAAUGGUGGUGGGCCAAGAGGGAGUUCUGGGUGGCAUAAAGGUGCUACAAGAGGCUCUUCACCUUGGUUUCACAACCAUAAUAAUUCUGGAGGUGGUUGGCAUUCAAAGAAUGGGAUGGUGGAUUGGAAUUAUAAUGGUACAGGAAGGAAUUCCAGUUGGCAUGCUGAAGGAACAGGUGGCUUUUCCAGCUGGCACAUGAACAACAGUAACGGAAACUGGACAUCCAAUGUACGUGGUACAAAUAGUUGGAAUUACAAUGGUCCUGGAGACAAAUUUCAAUCUGGCAGAAACAGAAAUUCUAACUAUCAAAUGGAAGACAAGAGUAUGACUUGGAAGAAGAAGUGUAAUAAGCCAGGCAUAUACAAUCAGGAGAGAUAUAAAUGGCAAUGGCAAGACAAAGAUAAAGGUGGUAAAUACAGAAAUUCUUCUGAAGGAUUUACAAGUGAUAAAUUUCCUUCGGAAGGCCUACUUGAAUUCAAUUUUGAACAGCCAGAAAGCCAAACCACUAAACAGACAGAUACUACAGCUUCAAAACCUCAUGGAAAGAAUGGCAGUACCUCAAGGGAGAAGUUCCAUCGCUGGGCUCCUUACCCUUCUCAGAAGACUCUGGAUUUACAGUCAGCUUGGAAAGAAGUUGCUAGUAACAAGUCAGAAGUGACAGAAAAACCUCUCUUUAAUUUUAGCUUGAUAACUGUAGGAAUGCAGGAUCCAGCGGAUAAAAUAACUAAUUCUGCAAUACUAAAAACACAAAAAGAAAUACAUACUGGGUCUCUUAAGUGUAAAGCCACUUCUGGUAGCCCUGCUUCCAAUGGGGCAGUGAGAGAUGGCCCCACUGCAGAACAGUCUGAACCAGACCAUAACUCAAAUAAGGUGCCAUUACUAAAAUCCCCACUCCUUCCACUUCCAGCAACUAAAUCAGGUCCUCAAAAGCAGUAUUCAAAAAACAAGCAAAGAAAUUCUUUUUCUCCUGAAAAACACUCAAAUCACUCGAACAAACCCACUUUAGAAGGUAACCGAGGUUCUUCCUACAUGUCUAAAAGGCAUAGUUUAUAUCCUCGUGUUUUAAAAGGAAAUAAAGCUACAUCUGGCCUUCAAAAGGAACCUGAGCAGAAUUUAAAUGAUGUAUUGCAAAAAGCCCAAGAGGUGCCACAGUGUCAUGAGACACUGCAAAAUCCACUUAGCACUUCUAAAAGGCCUGGGAACCAGGCAAAAGCAAGUAGAGAUGUAGACGAGCCUGCAAAAGGAUCAUUGAAGAUCAAGUUUCAAGAACACCCAUUCGAAAAUCAAAGUGAUGGAGACACAUCUGAUACAGAAAAACAGGGAGCAAAAAUUGAAACUGUGGAUCCUGCAAAUACAGAAGGUAUAUCCUGCAGUACUCAUUCUGUUGAUGAGAAAGAAGGGAAUGAGCAGAUCUCGAAAACAUCUAAGCUUUCCACCUCCCCAUGUAGUCCCACAGUUCACCAGAAAGAGUCAGAGUUACAAUUGACAUCUGCGUGCAGUCCACACUCUGGCUUAUUGAUAGACGUGAAAACCACUCUAGAAGAUGCACAAGGGGACAGCAAUCCUGUUAAAUCUCAUGUACCUUUUGAAGCAGAAGGUUUUGAGGGCACUACCUUGGACUCAGAGCUUCAAAAAACUGAUCUGAGUCAGCCCUCAGGCACUCUACUGCCUGAACUAAGUAAGCUUGGUUUUCCUGCCUCACUGCAGAGAGAUCUAACCCGCCACAUUAGCUUAAAGAGCAAAACUGGAGCACAUCUUCCAGAGCCGAACCUCAACAGUGCUCGGCGCAUUCGCAAUAUAAGUGGUCAUCGAAAGAAUGAAACAGAGAAAGAGUCUGGACUUAAGCCUACCCUACGACAGAUUCUAAAUGCAUCACGGAGAAAUGUCAACUGGGAACAGGUCAUUCAACAAGUAACCAAGAAAAAGCAAGAGCUGGGCAAAGGUUUACCCAGAUUUGGCAUAGAAAUGGUACCAUUGGUUCAAAAUGAACAGGAGGUGUUGGAUUUAGAUGAGGAGCCUGAUCUGUCCAGUCUAGAAGGAUUCCAGUGGGAAGGCAUUUCCAUUUCCUCAUCCUCUGGGCUGACAAGAAAGCGAAGCCUUUCUGAGAGCAGUGUUGUCAUGGACAGGACUCCUGUGUACAGCUUCUACAGUGAGGAAAGCACCGGCAAGGAAAACGAGCCCCAGCAGAUUGUUUCACCUAGCAACACGCUGAGUGUUGCACAGAGUCAAAAAACAACCAUGUACCUUAAACAGGAAGUGGAACCUCUGGCUACCUCCCUCAGAACAGGUGAAAGGGCUGGAGUCAUUCCUACCCAAAGACGGCAUAGUGCACAAUUACCAUCUGAUCAUAUAAUGCCUGUAAUGCGGUCAGCUAGAGACCUGAGCAGCCAAGAGAGAUCUACACCACCGUCAGAGCAUCAGAACACUCAGGACAGUAAUGGAGAAGGCCACUGUCUCUCAUCAAAUCCAUCUUCGGUCCUUGCAGUGUCCAGCUUAGCAGAUGCAGCCACUGAUAGUAGCUGUACUUCUGGUGCAGAGCAAAAUGAUGGCCACAGCGUUAGAAAGAAACGAAGAGCCACUGGAGAUGGAUCAUCUCCUGAACUCCCAAGUCUUGAAAGAAAAAAUAAAAGAAGGAAAAUUAAAGGAAAGAAAGAACGUUCUCAGGUUGACCAACUACUGAACAUUUCCUUAAGAGAGGAGGAGCUGAGCAAAUCACUGCAGUGCAUGGACAACAACCUUUUGCAAGCCAGGGCGGCCCUGCAGACGGCUUAUAUGGAAGUUCAGAGGCUGCUCAUGCUCAAGCAGCAGAUCACCGUGGAGAUGAGUGCAUUGAGGACUCAUAGAAUACAAAUUCUCCAGGGAUUACAAGAAACAUAUGAACCUUCUGAGUACCCUGCCCAGGCUCUCUGUAACAUCACAACACGAGAACAAAGGAACAGUAAAUCGCAAGCAGCUGCCGAAACCACAGUGCUGCCGACUUCCAUUUUCUCAGUGUUUCUGGAGCCACCGACUUCCCAUGUGUCUCCAUCAUUCAUUGGAAGCCCUCUCCAAGUAACCACAUCUUCUACUUUCCCAGUCCAUGGGACUGCCCCUGACUCUUCGGUUCAGAUUAAACAAGAGCCCAUGUCUCCUGAACAAGAAGGGAAUGAAAACGCGGUGGUGUUACAUGGCUCUGCUUGCAGCGGGUCCAAGGAGUUAUUGCAGCCUAAUGGAGAGGUCAGUGACAGUUGUCCAGUUGAAGCAGCCGUCACUGCAGCAGCAUUGACCAUAUCUGAGCCAACAGAGCAUUGCCACAAGCCCAGCCAAGAUCUGAGCUUUUCUGUGGAGCAAGGAAAUGACAGAGGCCAAGAAAAUUCAACCCCCUCUCAGUCCCCUGGCCUUCCCAACACGAACAAAGAUGAAGAGUUGACCCGAGGCAACAGUGGCUCUGAAGCCUGUAGCGGUUCUUUGCUAAGGUCAUCUUUUGCUUCAGAAACCCCUUUGGAGAAGGAACCUCAGUCUCCAGCUGAUCAGCCUGAGCAACAGGCAGAGUCUACUCUGACAUCAGCUGAAAGUAGAAGAAACAAGAAAAAGAAGAAGCUUCGGAAGAAGAAAUCGCUACGGGCAGCCCAUGUUCCUGAGAACAGUGACACCGAACAGGAUGUGUUCACUGCUAAACCUAUAAGAAAAGUAAAAACUGGAAAAUUAACUAAAGGAGGGAAGGUAACAACCUCCACCUGGGAAGACAGCAGAGUUGAGCAGGAGCAAAAGUCUGUCAGAGAUGAACCUGGGAGUGACUCAUCUCUGGAAGUACUAGAAAUCCCUAACCCUCAGUUAGAAGUAGUGGCUGUUGAUUCUUUUGAAUCAGGAGAGGAGAAACCAGACAGCCCAUCUAAAAAAGAUACUUGGAACUCCUCUGAGCAAAACCCAAUAGAAACUUCUCGUUCUGGUUGUGACGAAGUUAGCUCUACCAGUGAGAUUGGCACUCGAUACAAGGAUGGCAUUCCUGUAAGUGUGGCAGAAACUCAGACUGUAAUCUCCUCCAUAAAAGGAUCAAAGAACUCUUCAGAAAUAUCUUCAGAGCCAGGAGAUGAUGAUGAACCCACAGAAGGAAGCUUUGAUGGGCACCAAGCUGCAGUGAAUGCAAUUCAGAUAUUUGGAAACUUGCUAUAUACUUGUUCAGCAGAUACAACUGUCCGAGUUUAUAAUCUUGUGAAUCGGAAGUGUAUUGGUGUCUUCGAGGGUCAUUCUUCCAAAGUGAACUGCCUUCUGGUCACUUACACAUCUGGGAAAAGUUCUGUGCUUUUCACUGGCUCCAGUGAUCACACCAUUCGCUGCUACAAUGUUAAGACUCGCGAAUGUGUGGAGCAGCUACAGCUGGAAGACCGAGUUCUCUGCCUUCAUAAUAGAUGGCGAAUUCUCUAUGCAGGACUGGCAAAUGGCACUGUUGUCACCUUUAACAUAACAAGUAAUAAGCAGCUGGAGGUCUUUGAGUGUCAUGGCCCUCGGGCAGUCAGCUGUCUUGCCACAGCUCAGGAAGGUGCCCGGAAGCUGUUGGUCGUUGGGUCUUAUGACUGCACUAUUAGUGUUCGUGAUGCACGGAAUGGACUGCUCCUCAGAACUCUGGAAGGCCAUAGCAAGACCAUUUUGUGCAUGAAGGUGGUGAAUGACCUUGUGUUCAGUGGCUCCAGUGAUCAGUCAGUUCAUGCCCACAACAUUCACACUGGUGAGCUUGUGCGCAUCUAUAAAGGUCACAAUCAUGCAGUGACUGUGGUGAAUAUCCUAGGAAAAGUGAUGGUGACUGCUUGCCUGGACAAAUUUGUUCGUGUCUAUGAAUUACAGUCCCAUGAUCGACUGCAAGUUUAUGGAGGACACAAAGACAUGAUCAUGUGUAUGACCAUACACAAAAGCAUGAUUUACACAGGUUGUUAUGAUGGCAGUAUCCAGGCUGUGAGGCUAAAUCUGAUGCAGAAUUACCGCUGUUGGUGGCAUGGUUGCACGCUGAUAUUUGGUGUUGUAGAGCAUUUAAAGCAACAUUUGCUGACUGACCACACUAACCCGAACUUUCAGACCCUCAAAUGUCGCUGGAAGAAUUGUGAUGCAUUUUUCACUGCUAGGAAAGGAUCCAAGCAGGACGCUGCAGGACACAUUGAACGGCAUGCUGAAGAUGACAGCAAAAUUGAUUCAUGAAGUUUUUUUGCCUCCCAUGUUGGGAAGUCAUUAGUAAACUAUUUUCAUGUUGGCCUCUUCUGCAGGCAACUCUUCCCUUCCACAUUAAAGUAGGAAAGGAGAGAGUGGCUAUAAGCCAGUCCCACCACGAGCAAAAAUCUGGGCAGCUCUAUAGAGUGAUAGGUUGUAUUUCAAGUUUGUACUGGAGAGUGAAAACAGAUUUGAAGGAGCCGUACUCCUGGGACAGCACGACAUGUAGUGAUGUAUGCUGCUAGCAUUGUCUUGAUGUUUAUUCAAGGUCCAGGUUUUUAUUCAUUACCCAGUUUGACCCUGCUCACACUUGCAUUUUACUGAUUUGUUGUUUGUGAUUUGUACUGUAUGUUCUUCUGAUGGUUUGGACUGGAUUUUCAGGGUAUGUUUCAAUUUCUCCUUUUGUAAUAACUGGGUAUUUAAAAUGAAAGCAAGUAGUUUUGUUUCUUAACAGUUAUGUACUGUGUGUUUCACUAUCAACCUGCUUUGUAGAUGGACAGAGCUGCUGUAAAUGUGAACAGGCACAUGGUAGGGUUUUGAUAAACAGCUGGACUGGCUGCUUUGCUUGUUGUGUUUUAGAACUCAGACAAAUCCCAUAAUAAGUCCUUAGAGUGAACUUGUGUACAGGUUUGCUGGAGUGCUCAAUGGGAUGUCUUCCUUUCAGCUUUCUGGGUAGGCCAGGCACUUGUUGCUAUAGGUAUGUUGGGCUGCUUGAGCUGGAGGCGUGCCUUUCUCUCCCUUCCUAGCUUCUGACUCUUCAAGUCUUGUGUGGCUUGGAAUGCUUUUAGUUUGCUCCAUUGCUGUCUAGUAUCUCUCCCACUGUCCAGCUGUGCUUAGAGCAAUGGCACACAGGAUGCUUUCUACCCAGCUUCAGUACCCCCAGAUAGAGGAGUUAAAAUAAAGCACCUGGAUACAGUUGUUAGGGACUGAAGCCUGAGUCUCUCUGCCUUCACUCCCCUGCCAGCUGGGAAAGUAGAGAGCAGUAUGGGGCUGGGAAAGACAACCUGUCCAUUGUGAUCACCCAAGUCAACCCAGCCUUAGUGGGAUUACUUUGUUCUUGGGUUUUCUCUGGACUCUUAACAGUAAAACUAUACAAGUGUUACUUCCUAAUCUUCUCUUCCUGGACUCUCAAAAUUCCAGAUUCUUCAGAGACAGAGCAGGUGGUCACAAGGGGAGGGUCACAUAGUACAUACCUAGAUGUUUACUGUUACUUGGAUCACAGCAUCCGGAUUUGUCCCUGACCCUGUCAGUGCACACACAUGUACUGAAGGCCUCCCUUCCAGCUAGCUCUACCCUGAGAGUGUAUGGAAGACUAAGUAUGUCCUUUGUUCCAGUAGUUCUUACUGGAUCCAGCAAAUAUUAGGAAGUACUAUAAGAUCUCAUGUUAGAUGAUGGAUGCUAUUUACUGUGUCCUUUUGAGUGGGAAGACUUUUGUGUUAACCAUAUGGCUUAGAUGUGAGGAGAUCCACAUUGCAUGAUGCAGAGAAUGGAGAAGAUCUUGUUAAUAGGUAUAUUCAUGCUGUUUUUGUGAGAUUGUAAAGGGUGACCAGAAGCCAUGCUCUUCUGUGAGUCUGGGAAUUGUGAUUUCCCAACAAACUCCAUUUGGGUUUAUUGCUAAACCUGGCAUUAUUCUUUGGGCUGAAGUCUUUUCAUUUUUCACAUUGACUGUACAGUAUGCCAAGAAAGCCACAAGUACUCUGGUGUUCUGGUGCCUUGUUCCCAAGGAUCUGAAGUGAUAAGAGUGGUAGAGCAUUUGUACAGCAGGAAAGGAAGAAUGUGAGGUGGUAAACAGUUGUGGGGAACUUUUGAGAGAAUUAUAGACUGAUUAGAUCAGUAAAAGUAUGAUUUGGAUUUAACUUGGUAGAACCAUGUUCAUCUAUCUGCCUCUGUGUCUACAUGUAUGAAAGUUCCUAUGCAUACAUGUGAGCAUCACACUUUUUCCCCCCUCAUUUCACAAACAGUUUUUUGAAGCAGUGGCAGUAAUAUGUGUGUGUGUAUUUUUAAGAACAUGUGAACUCCUUUUUAAUACCAAGUUAAUGUUCAGAGUGAAGUGCCCUGGUGCUCUGUUGAGAAAUAAAAGAACCGUAAGUAUCUUGGCUCCUUAGGGUUCUUACCGGCAAGCAUCCUGAAAGCUAUUUUGAACUUCGUGGCUGCUUUUCAAGUCGUGUACAAUGCAUUCACAGAUCUUAGCCUCCCCUCCCCUUCACAGAAGGGCCAUGGCUCAGGAUCUGUGCUGUUAUUAGCUGAAGGAAGGAAACUGUCCAAUAACCUGCCAAAAGCAGAACCUUUCUUCUGAGUAGUGAAGGUCAUUUUAAAAUAUCAUUUUGAUUAUUUGUGCCUGGUGUAACAGCUCAAAGCCAAGAAAACCUUAAAACAAAUCCUUUUAUGUGCAAAUGUUUUCAAUGACAAUUUGUUCUGGUCAAAUAUCAGUCACUGUCAGUUUUUUUGUGGGAAGUUUUUAAUCCAGUUCAAAACAUUUUGGCAUACCCAUUGCUUGAUUAUUAGCAAUGUUAAUAAGAAGCAAAUGAUUUUCUUGACCUGACAUUACUUAAGUUUGUGAAAAAGUCAUUACUUGCCACUACACUCCUGCUAUGGGGGGGGGAAUGUUUUUCUCUCAGAAGAGCUAGCAGUUGAGAGUUUGAGCUCAUGAACUACAUAAAAUUUAUAUGAAGGAAAUAAUAUUGCUAUUUAAGUGGUUGCCUAACAAAAGUUUAGUUUUGUUUUCCUGGUAGACUACCUAGUGGACAACUUUGGUGACUUGGCAUGUGGCUAACUUGGAGGCCAUAGGUGUACUCUUAGAGGAAUUGCAAGUUAAUUUUUGUUUUGGAAGAGAAUUCAUUGGAGAAGAGAUUGGAGUAUCAUUGUGAGAUGGGAUCAGAACAGUAUUUUCUGGUUUACCUAAAUAACUGUAAUUUGUGUAUGCUCAUUCACCAACUUUGUUUCUGUUACCUAACACACCGUUCUUAGAACUACUGUAAGGCCAUGCCUGCGUAUUUGUAAAAUAGUGGUUUCCUCCCCGCUGCAUUAGGACCUUCGGGGCUCAAGAGAAGGGGCCUGAUGGGUAGGAAACCGCGACGGCGGAGGUGCUUUGGCUAUACUCACUUCCAUCUGCAGACGGAUACGAGUUCUCAUGUAAACCAGACCUGCUGCUAGCAGAUAGUAAGCUCUAGCUCCACCUCCAACGCAGUGUGUCCUAGCACAGCUCUGCUGGGACAUGUGACUAAAGCUUCCAGAUCUGCUGUGACCUUAAGGUAGUAGCCGAAAUGAGUGGGAGGCAGAGGGGUCAAGAAGGAAAGGCUGUUAAAGAGAAGUAGAUGUCCUAGAGCUGCUCCAGCAUCUGAUUUUUUUUUUUUUCCUAAAUAAUUGAAUAUGGGUUAGAAGAAAAGUCAGGCAACACUUGACUGAAAAGUGUUUAUAAACAAAGAGCCUAGCCUUUUACAUUUUGGUAUAAAGCUGUGAACUUCAUAACUUUGUAAAGCAAGAUAUAAAGCAAAUACAAGAGGAAAAUAAAGUACUUUUACUAA